AUGGUUCAUUUAUCCGCUAUUGCCCUGGCAUUGGCCGGUCUUCUGCCUCAACUAACACAAGCAGCUGGUCUCAACACUGCUGCUGUUGCCAAGGGAAAGCUAUACUUCGGAUCAGCGACUGAUAAUCCCGAGUUGACCGAUAGCCCAUAUUUGACUCAAUUGAGCAACACAGAUGACUUUGGUCAGAUUACCCCUGGCAACUCUCAAAAGUGGGAUGCGACGGAGCCAACUCAAAACACCUUCUCUUUCACCAAAGGCGAUGUCAUUGCUGACCUGGCUGCUACCAAUGGCCAGAAGCUACGAUGCCAUAACUUGGUCUGGCAUAGCCAGUUGCCCAGCUGGGUCUCGAGUGGCACCUGGACCAAUGAGACUCUAAUUGCUGCUAUGAAGAAUCACAUUACCAAUGUUGUUACGCACUACAAGGGAAAAUGUUACGCUUGGGAUGUGGUCAACGAAGCCCUCAAUGAUGAUGGCAGCUACCGCAGCAGUAUCUUCUAUACAACUAUCGGCGAAGCCUAUCUCCCCAUUGCCUUUGCAGCCGCCGCCGCCGCCGAUCCAUCGGUCAAGCUCUAUUACAACGAUUAUAACAUUGAGAAUGCCGGUUCCAAGUCUACAGCCGCUCAGAAGAUUGUCAAGCUUGUUCAAUCGUACGGUGCUAAGAUUGACGGUGUCGGUCUGCAGGCUCACUUCAUCGUUGGAAGUACGCCCAGCCAGAGCGCGCAGACUACCAAUUUGGCUGCUUUCACAGCGCUGGGUGUUGAGGUUGCCUAUACCGAGCUUGAUAUCCGUAUGACACUGCCUUCAACUGCUGCUUUGCUUGCUCAGCAGUCAACCGAUUACCAGAACACUGUUGCGGCUUGUGUGGCUAAUGCCAAAUGUGUUGGGGUUACCAUCUGGGACUACACUGACAAGUACUCUUGGGUGCCUAGUACUUUCUCCGGUCAGGGUGCUGCUUGUCCUUGGGAUGAUCAGCUGGUUAAGAAGCCUGCUUACACUGGUAUCUUGAAUGCUCUUGGUGGCUCUGCUUCUUCCACUACCACUGCUGCCACCACUGCUGCGACUACUCUCGCUACGACUACUAAGGCUACUACUACUACCACUGCUGGCUCGGGUAGCAGCACUGGUGUUGCUCACUGGGGACAGUGUGGUGGCUCAGGCUGGACUGGCAGUACCGUUUGUGCUAGUGGAUAUACUUGCACUUACUCCAAUGACUGGUACUCGCAGUGUCUGUAG